UCUCUGGACACAGUUGUCAUGGAGAUGGAAAAGAGUUCGGUGUCCACGAGCAGCCCUGUUACCAUGGAAAUUCCUUUUAUCGUAGCUAAUCCGAUAACGCAAUCCAAGGCAGAGGAGUAUGUUGAGAACCAGGAUCAGCAUCGUGCAGGAGAUGCGUUUCAGCACACUAAAUAUCGUAUGCUGAUUGUGAUUGGAGAGAUUUCCUCCUGUGAACACCUGGACUCUGCUAGGAAACAAAUCACACGAGGUUUGCUGUCCUGGAAUGUUGAUUUGAGCAUCUGCGACUUGAACAAGGAACUACAGCUGUUUGAGACCAAACAUACGGCUCAGUUUUCUUCACAAGUCAAAGGCCAGCGGAUUCUGCAUUAUCAGAGUGACAUCCUUGAGACGGUGGUGUUAGUUAACCCAUCAGAAGAGGCUGUUUCUUCAGAGGUCCAUUCUUUGCUCACUGACUUGGCUGGAAAUAAACUGCUGAUACUCAGUGGACAGAGCUCUGACCAGGGAAGUGACCUCCUUCUCCAAGGUGGAGUCUUUACCUGGCAGCAAUUCUUUGAUAUUAUUUCUAACACUCAAGUGGUAUCAGUCCUUUCCAGGGCCUAUUCAGAGAAGCCAUUAAAGCUUACUGUUUCCUGUCAAGGAGACGGGGGCUGGAGCUCCCUGGGCAAAAGCCAGGAGCAGCAUCUGUUUCCAAGUAUUCUGGAAUACCGUUUGAAUCCGGAACCACACCUUCCUAAAAUGGAAGGAGUGACAGAGUUUACAGAUUAUGUCUCAGAGACAGUAGACGUGCCCUCACCCUUUGAACUUUUAGAGCCACCGACUUCAGGAGGAUUUCUGAAACUGUCAAAAGCUUGCUGCUACAUAUUUCCUGGAGGAAGAGGGGACUCUGCUUUAUUUGCUGUCAAUGGUUUCAACAUCCUGGUGGAUGGUGGGUCUGACCGAAAGUCUUGCUUCUGGAAACUGGUUCGCCACCUAGACAGAAUUGACUCUGUUCUGCUCACGCAUAUUGGUGCAGACAACCUUCCAGGCAUCAAUGGUUUGUUUCAGAGAAAGAUUGCAGAGCAGGAGGAGGAGGGCAACCAAGGUUCUGGUUCAAACACAAGCGAGGAGUCAACGAAAAACCUAAUAUCCCCUGAGCUUGGGAUUGUAUUUCUGAACGUCCCUGAGAAGCUUCGGAUGCCAGAGUCCACUCUAAAAGUUAAACGAAGCAUUGAGGAAGCAUCUCUCACAUUACAGUACCUCAACAAGCUAGGUAUCACACCUGAACCGCUUCACAGGCCAGUAAGUAACACUGUUGAACCCAUCACACUCUUUCAUAAACUUGGAGUUGGAAAGUUGGACAUGUAUGUGCUAAACCCUGUCAAGGAGAGCAAAGAGAUGCAGUUUCUCAUGCAAAAAUGGGCUGGGAACAGCAAAGCUAAGACUGGUAUUCUAAUGUCUAAUGGAAAGGAAGGAGAAAUAUCUGUUCCCUAUUUGACAUCAGUUACUGCGCUCAUUGUUUGGAUUCCGCACAAGCCCACGGAAAAGAUAGUCAGGGUGCUUUUUCCUGGAAAUGCACCUCAGAAUAAAAUCUUUGAAGGCCUUGAGAAACUGAAACACCUUGACUUUCUGCGAUAUCCAGUAGCAACUCAAAAAGACUUAUCAUCUGGUGCCCCGCUGCCCAUUAUCAAGCAGACAAAAAUUAAAUCAAGAACUGAUAGCAAAGAAAGUCUCAAAGCGUCACCAAAACCAAACCCAAAAACUGCCAAGAAGGAAGAUGUUGGACAGGAAGAUGAGCUCAAGAGUGAAACUACUAAAGAGAAUAAAGUGGAAAAGAAAGAAGAGAAAAAAAUAAAAAGUCAAAGUUUGAAGGCCACCAAACAACAGAAAAAUAGUGCAGUUGCUCCUAUGACAACAAAGUCAGAGAAGAAAAUAUCAAAGGAGAAAAGUGGCAAAAUCGAAAAAGUUUUCCGAAUGGAUGAAAAGAAAGAUAAAGAGAAGAAGGACAUCAAAAAAGACAAAGUAAAAAAAGAUGAAAAUAUAAGAAAAGAUGAGAAAAAGGAAAACAAGGAACUCAAAAAGAAGGACACAAAUAAGCCAGAAUUGAGAAAAAUGACUAAACCAGAUCUUAAACCACUCACUCCUGAAGUGAGGAAAACACUACACAAAGUUAAGAGUCAGACUAAAAUCAAGACAGAAAAGAAUACAGUUGUUAAGGAGCAUUCAAAGGUUAAAAAGCAUAUCCCUGAGAACCUCCAUGAAGAGGUCACAGCAGCAGCUCUUGCAGACAGGUCAAUCAUGUCUUCCCCGGAGGACCUUACCGAGGACUUUGAGGCUCUGAAAAGAGAUGAGUUGUCAAAACCCAAGAUUGAGAGUGCCCAGAUAUCUGAGGUAUCAGCUCUCAAAGACACUAAAGUAUCCAUGUCGUUCUCUCCUGAUGACAAAAUUACAUCAUUUGCUACUCAUGCAGAGACUGCUUUAACCACAUUUCCUGAGAAAACAAAUGAAGGCAAAACAGAUGGGAAAAUAUCAGAACGGAUUAGAUCUCCUCAAAGUAAAGAUUCAAGCAGUGGUAUUCACAAGCAAUAUGAAGAGCAGACAAUUGUGGAUUAUGGCAAAUAUUCUGAAAAGGAAGAUUUAAAAGACAUGUCAAAGAAGAGUGAUAGCUCAGAGGAUGAUGAUGAAGUAAUCGAAAAAGCUGAGUUUGAAGGAACAGAAGAUGCUUCAUUUAUCAAGUAUAAAACACAGGAAAUAAAGAAAGAAAGCCCUGAAAAGGGGUUGGAAAACAAAUCAACUGUACCACUGGCCUCAUCCACUGCGGGACUGUCUGGACAAGGAGUAGUAGGAUCAGCCUCUGAGCAAUUCUCCUUUAUCCAAGAUGAAACUAUCCCUGGUUACACAGAGACAGAACAGACCAUCUCUGAUGAGGAGAUCCAUGAUGAUACGGAAGAAAGAAUACCACAGUUACGAUAUAAUGCAGGAUCUUACGACAUCUCAGUCCCUGAUGUCCCUAGAACAUUUGACCCGAUGCACGGUAUGGAAGAGAUGAAAAGCUCUGCUGUUUCUGAUGUUGUGGAUGUCAAACCCAAAGCCUUUAUGGUAGGUCAGCAGUUUGAGACGGCAUCUUAUCCUGCUGUCAUUGCGGCUCCUCUUGCAGAGGAGGAACACAUAUCAUCUGCCACAUCCAUAACAGAAUAUGACAAAAUGUCAUCAUUUGCCACAUCAGUUGCUGAAGACCAGUCCGUAGCAUCUGUUACGGCACCUCAGACUGAGGAAGUUGGAAGGAACUCCCUACUUGACAUCAUCAACAAUGUGCCCGCACGUACAGAAGGCACCCAGGGAAAGGACUACCUACAUUCCGCAGGUACCAUUUCACCUACCUCUUCUUUGGAAGAUGACAAAUGUUUUAAGUCUCCUUCCUCUGAUGAGUACCACCCCAACAUGAUGGAAAUGGAGAGUGAUGACAAGGCUAUUGCAGCUCAUGAUGAAGAUGAUGAUGAAGAAGAUGAGGAUGAAGAUCAAACUCCAAAUGUUGACAUCCCUCUGGGUAAACUCCAAGAGGGCUAUGAACAUGCAGCGUCCAUGAUGCUAAAGGAGAAAGAAAACUCAACUUCUCCCACUAUUUCUCUUCCCGCCCUAUCUCAAAACUCUCCUAUGCAGCCCGCCAGCGAAAAACAGUCUCCAUUUAGUAUUGGUGGAGUUGUAAUCAGCAGUGGAAUACAAGCCACAUCAACAUCGCCAUCUCUCGCUACAGAAUUUGAGUCCCAUUUCAGACAAGACAGUGAUGAGAGAUGUCCAAGCCCCGAUGACAGCACUAUGAAACUGGCAUCACCCGCACAGUCAGUUCCUACAAGCACGGGCUACUCUCCAGCAGAGGAAAAGCCCUCAAAGACCAAAGAUGAAGCAGAUAUCAAUUUGAAGAGCGAAAAAGCAGAGAAAUCAGUCACUAUUUCAGAUAAUACAUCAUUCAUUGGACUUUCAGGUGACAAAACAAUGUUAGAGGCAUCAGAAGAAUCUGAAGAGGACAGUGUGGAUGAAGAUGACUAUCACAUCAAAAAAGAUCUCCAGCCAGCCGUUAAGGCUAAACUUAUGGAGGCAAAAGAAGGAUGCUUCCUGGAUGAUGAUUUAACAAUUGAGGCAAAGACUUCCACGAUAGGGACUGACCUUGAAAGCUUACAAAAGCAUAGUGUAGAUGAGAAAUCCAAGCCUGAAAUCGUUUAUUCUGAUGAAAAUGAAACAGAUAAUUUUACAACUGGAUUUGAAACAAAAUUCUCACCUGCAUAUUCAAGCAAAACUGAAAAAUGUCCAAAAGGUGCUGAAAAAACAGAUAUCUCUUUCACAGUUCCUGAGAAAAGUGUUCAAUUUAGUGUGUGCGAUUACCCUGAGAAGGAGACCAAAGAGAAAGCCAUCUAUAUAAGACAAGACACGCCUUAUGUACAUGGCAAAACAUUCUCUUACAGUGACAUUUAUGAUAGUAAACCAGGAUCCAUGGAAUCUGAUACAUUUAAUCAAGGGUCCAUAGACAAGGUGGAGAAAGACAUUUCAAGGGAUGAAAUGGAUUUACCACCAUAUCCUGUGACAGCAAGCGGCAAAAUAUCAGUGGAUGAAAAUCCAGUGUCAUAUGGACAAGAACCCUCAACUCCAUUAUGGCGUGACUCAAAGAACACUUCAGCUGAUCCUUCAGUGGUCAAAGGGGCCAAAGAAACAGAACCAUUUGAAUGCACAGAAAGUGAUGUUGGUUCAGCUGCAGAUCGACCUGAAGCAUCUCUCUCUUUGGCAAAGGAUUCUUUGUCUUUUUCAAUGCAAUCUGGCCACCCAAAACCCUCAGCCUUUUCUUCAUCGACAGGGUUCAAUAUUGCCAAAUCAAUUGGCGCUGAUGAUCAAAGCACAUGUUUGGAGAUUGAUAUGCGUAAACUGACAGCUAAGGAUGAAGAAGACUAUGACGAUGAUGAGUUCAUCGGUGAAGAUGAUGAAGACGAUGAAGGCGAUGAGGAUGACGAUAAUGGCUCUGUUGAUUCUGACAUGGAAAAAGGUACCAAAGAGAAGUCUGAGAAAGAAGUAAAAAAUCCUUCCAGUGAAAUACUUUCCUUAAAUAAGCCUGAAUUUAUGGUUUCCAUGGGUGGAUAUGGCUUUUAUAGUCAGGGGAAGCCAAGUGACAAAGAAAACCUCUCCAGUUCAAAGAUAGCAGAUGACGAUAUGGCAGACUCGUCAAUUUUAAAGAGAAAGUCAAGUGGGGGGUCGACAGGUUUUUCUGACUACGUCACAGGCUUCCAGCUGGAUGAAGAGGAAUUUAAGAAAUCCCUUUUACCAAGCCAGACCACAGACAAAGGUAAAGAGGAUAUUAGCUUGAAGCUUUCACAGAAAUGUUUUUACAAGAAUGAGGGAAAUGAUCCAGAUUUCGAGAAACCUCAGUCCCCGGACCACUUGAGCAAGAAAUCACCGGACACAAGCUUUCAGUACACGGCCACUGCUGCCCCUGGUUAUUCCUCUUCCUCUGCCUAUAGCUACUCCUCUUCAACUUCAGGCUCCUUCUCAACCAGCCGUCAGCUUGGAGAAGAUUUGGAGACACCUGCCUCAGCAGAGCCCCUGUUUGAGUAUUCGUCAUUUAAAGAAGAACACUGUCCGGUCAUAGAUUCUCCCUUCCCCUCUUUAACUGGCACCAAAGAUGAUUAUCUUGAAGCAUCUGAGAAACACAACACUGUUACAAACGCAGCUGAGUCCACCUCUAGCUUAGCCCACUUUUCACCCCUCAGUCCAUCUGAGGAGGCCAAACUCUUCCCUUCACAUUCACGAACAACUUCUGCUGAAAGCAAAAAGGAACAAACACGUUUUAGCGGUUUCAUGGAUAGACAACCUCAAUCAGAUUGCUUCUAUAAGCCUGAGUGGUCUGAGGUGUCAAGUUUGGACUCGGCAAAAGACUUAGAGGACUCAUUGGUCACACACUCUAAAGAAACAGCAAUCUCAUUCAAUAAAGAGGCAGCCAGUGCUGCUUUGUUUGGUGUCACUUCUUCACCACGUCCUGUUACUGAAGGGAAACAUUACUUUGAGGAAAGUGACAGCAGUGAAGAAGAAGAGGAUGAAGGGGAUUAUACGCAAGAAAUGACUUCAGUAUCACCCUCCAGUGGGCUCACAGGUUCCUUGACCUUAUCUGAUAAGCCCGUUUCUUCAGCUGAAAGUGAAAUGAUAACUAAUGCACUCCCUGAUGUGCUUGGCUCUUACAUGUCUUCACCACUUUCAGCCACCAAGCCUGACCCAACCAAAGGAACCACAGAAGUCAGCGUAAGCUCAACCCUCCUUGCUGGAGCUACAGCUAGUGGUGCACUUGUAGACACAGCAAGAAUAGAGUCCAGAGAGGGUGCUGGAAGCUACAGGAGCUCCUAUGAAUGGGAAAUGUCCAAACCUCAGAUAGGGAGGAUGCCUGGUGACUCUCCUCCCCAUUAUCGUCACGACGAUGAAUUUGAAGAGGAGUGUGAAAUGGAGCCAGAACACCCAGUACGGCCACUUUCACUCUCAUCGACUAGUCAGCCAUUUCACUCCCCUUUCUCUGCUGAUGAGUGCAGCCAACAAGGGCAGUUUGAUGUUGAUGACGAUGAUGAGGAUGAUGAUGAGAGUGAUCAAGAUCUUGCUGGCAAAGCAUCCAAAGGAGCUGCCUCUUCAUAUGCAGGCCAAAGCUCUCCGGGAUAUUCGUCCUGUGAGUACAAGCAGCAUAAAACUGACCUUUCACCUUCCUUUAUCAACCCAUGCAUGCGGCAGCUAUGUAGUGAUGAAGAUGACGAAGAGCAAGGACAUCAAAGUGAACAGUCGCAGGAGGGUGACGAACAUGACAUGUCGGUAAAGAGAAGGGCUCGCAAGCAGCCACAACAUCAUCAGUCCCACAGCAGCUCUUUUCAUCAAGCCAGUGGCAUGUCAGCAGGGUUGGGUGAAGCAACAGAGGACACUCCACCCACUUCCAUAAGUGAGUCUCUCGCCUCUCAGUCGGACUCUGAAGUGCCUGCAGGCACAGAAGAGUUCCCCUCAGUCACUGGUGAAGGCAACGUUGAUUCAGAUGAGGAUGCAGACUAUAUGCCUAUUGACAAAAUAUCCGCCACGGGCAGCCGUCAGCCUUCCUCCUGGAAGAGCCACGAUCCAGUUCCCACACCUCAAAAGGACCCCUAUCCCCAUCCUCCUUGUCCUGAUGUCUGCAUGGUGGACCCUGAUUCUUUGGGCAGUGCCUCAAUUAAGAAAGAGCCUAAAGCAAAAGGCUUGAAGAAAGCUGGGAAAACCAAGUCAGCGUCCCCAGCCAGACGCAAGAGGUCCCCUUUGCCUGUCAAACAAACAUCAUCUCCUCGAAGUGCGUCACUAAAAAAGAAGGAUGCUGACAAGAGUUCACGGAUGUCUCGCCUGUCAGAUGGACAGGGCUCAAAAGAUGAUGAUCUCUCAAGGUCAAGCUACAAUCCUGGCAAAGCGACAACAAAUGGUGGCAAGAGCGGUUUGGGCUCUCCAAAGGCUGGUUCUACAGCUCCUAUUUAUGUUGACAUGGCCUACAUUCCUAACCACUGCAGCGCCAAGAAUGUAGAUCAAGAAUUUUUCAAACGUAUUCGCUCCGCAUACUACGUGGUGAGCGGGAAUGAUCCUGGAAGUGGUGAACCAAGCCGAACUGUUCUCGAUGCACUGCUGGAUGGAAAAGCUCAGUGGGGUUCAAAUCUUCAGGUGACGCUGAUCCCGACUCAUGACACAGAAGUGACUCGCGAGUGGUACCAGCAGACACACGAGCGGCAGCAGGAGCUCAACAUCAUGGUCCUGGCGUCCAGCAGCACUGUCGUCAUGCAGGAUGAAUCUUUCCCCGCUUGCAAGAUUGAGUUUUAG